AUGACAAUCGAAACUCAUGUCAUAGACCGUGCGACCGACUCGGCCCUCUUCUCUCCUCUUCAAGUAGGAGCAAUGUCACUCUCUCAUCGUAUCGUUCACGCUCCUAUGGGACGUGGAAGAGGUAGAGAAUCAGAGAACGUACCUGGUACUUAUGUACCUUGGGAGAUUGAAGCUAAAUAUUAUAUUCAACGUGCUACUCCUGGUGGAAUGUUGAUAACUUCUGCUCUUCCUAUCAGUGAAGAAGCUAAGGGUGGUUCUUUCGUAGGUGGACCUGCUAUGUAUACGGAGGAUCAGAAAUUAGCUUGGAAGAAAGUUUUGACGGAGAUCAAAAAGACUGGAGCUGUUAUGGUUGCUCAAAUCUGGCACGGAGGUCGUACAUCUGGACAUGGAAAAUUACCCUGUGUAUCAAGUUCCGCCACUAGGAUCGAAUACAACCCUCGUACAAAGCAACCGAACCCGCCACCUAGGGAGAUGACGGUGGAAGAUAUCAAGAGGACCAUUGCGGAUUUCGCUAGGUCUGCUAGGCUGGCUAUUGAUGCUGGUUUUGAAGGUGUUGAGGUUCACGGCGCUAAUGGUUAUCUAUGCGAUCAAUUCCUUCAUGAUAACAUUAACCGUCGCACGGACGAAUACGGAGGUUCUAUCGAGAACAGGAACAGAUUCGUACUUGAAAUGGUUGAUGCUAUCUGCGCUGAGAUUGGUUCUGACAGAUUCGGACUCCGUCUGGCACCAUACGGUUUCUUCAACGAAUGUAAAGGUUCCGACCGUGUAGCUCAAUGGACAAAACUCUGUACCGAACUUCGUUCCCGGAACCUUGCCUACGUGUCAUUCAUGGAAGCUAGAUACGACGAAUUUUUAGGUCAAAAAGAGAAACUAGCGGCUUUAGGUCAAACUUUGAAUUCUGAUGAUUUCGGUUCUCCGGAAGAACAAUCUUUACCUACUAUCGCACCUUUCCGCGCUGCUUUGGGUGGUAAGGAAGGUACGAAAGUUAUGGUUGCAGGUGGAUAUGAUACGGAGAAUUGUUGGGGUGCCGUUGAGAGUGGGCUCACGGAUAUGAUCGCAUACGGAAGAUACUUUACUUCUAACCCUGAUUUAGUCUAUCGUAUCAGACAUCAACUACCUUUAGUAAAAUACAUCAGACCUUUAUUCUACACUUACCCUAAAGGACAACCAGAAGCUGGUUAUACGACUUUCGCACCUCAUGAAUCUAAUUUGAAAACCGAAGAGGAUAAAGAGUUGUAUGCUAUUCAACAGAAAAAUGGGAUUUCUUUAGUAGAGAAUGGUUGGCAAUUGUCACAGGAUGGUGUUCAGUGA